UUAAUUACUUGAACACCAGGAAAAUGGCCGCUACAGGAGAAGAGGCAGCUGCGAUGGACAGCAUCUCUAAAGCCCCUAUUCCCCCAUCGGCAUUGAAUAUCAAAACGGACACAGAUUCCCGGUCAGAAACCACAAGCGUUGAAGGCGUCCCUGAAAGUCAGCCCCCUGUCUCCAAAAAGGGCAGCAACAACAAUGAUGGGAGUGUGGAAACCGCCGAGGAGGCUGUCGAACCAGCAGAGCCUGACAUCGAUGAACUCUGCAAAGAUAUGUUUGAUAAAAUGGCCGUCUUUCUACAAGGGGAACUUACAGCUACCUGUGAAGACUACAAACUCUUGGAAAACAUGAACAAACUCACCAGCCUGAAGUAUAUGGAGAUGAAGGACAUAUCGAUAAACAUCAGUCGCAACUUGCAAGAUCUCAACCAGAAAUAUGCCAGCUUGCAACCCUACCUUGACCAGAUAAACCAGAUAGAAGAACAAGUGACGGCGCUCGAACAGGCAGCUUACAAAAUGGACACCUACUCCAAAAAGCUGGAGGCUAAGUUCAAAAAGCUGGAGAAGCGGUGAGAUGAGAUGUUGCACUGUGGGAACCCCCAAGUCUGAGCAAGUCCAAGGUGGAGUCCGUUGCUGUCAGCCUGCUUCUAGGAUUAGGGACAUUGGUUUGCUGUGGGAAUAGCGUGCACUCUACACAACGUCAACAGGCUCCCUUUGAAUGGAAGAACAGUGAGGAGCACAGGUAGAAACGUAUAUCAAGAAGAGCUCAUAUCUGAUAUCUGAUAUCUGAUUUUGCACACACAGUUACCCUUUAGGAGGGACAUGUCCUUGGCGAAACAGAAUAACAACUAUAGGACCGAAUGCAUUAUAUAUGCUGCAACCCAUCAAAUGUACCUUGUGUGCGUCUUUCAACAUGGCCAUUGAUUUUGCUUUAAUUGGAUAAACAUACCACACAUGAAAUAUCACCAGGAGGUCAUAUGAGAAAAUAUGUGGUAACCUGACAUUUUUGUCCGGACAAAGUCCUCUGUGUCUACUUUUUUUUUAUGGCUCUCUUCUCUCUGUCCCUGCUCCAAAGAUCAUAUUAAUGUAGCCCAUUAUACAGCCUGUAAGGAAGUAGUACAUGCCUACAUCCCCCUCCUGAGUAUUCAUGGGUUUCAUAAGGUCCCUUUCCACAGGUGUAUUAAUCAAGCACCAUGCAGUCUGCAUUGCUGAUCAAGGAGCUUGAUUUUAUACACCUGUGGAAAGGGACCUGAUGAAACCGAUGAAUAGCUUGUUUUAGCAGUGUGACAUGCUUUAAUAUAGCACUUGCAUUCCACUUGAAUCGCUUCAAAUGCAUGCUUUCUCAUUUAGAUUGUGCAUCAUACCCAGUAUAAAUGAGCAAGGAUGUUCCUUUGCUACCCAAGAUUGAUCAUCUAGAGGGGACGUUAACGUAAAUCUCUGGGCCAUGUUGAUGUUGAGUCACAGGAUAAUAAUCUGCCUGUGCUUUCAUCUAUGUGUUUUGUCAGUGAGUCAGAAUUAGUCAUUUUGGAACUACGUCUUGUGUGUUGACCUAACACUGGUCAUAAGCAUUAAUGCCUUCAUUGUUUUGUACAUGAACUUCAUAUGAACUGUCUUUUAUGUUAUGUAUACAAUGGCAUGUAAUAAGCAGGCAUGCGUAAUAUUUAAGUUAUUUGAUGGGGUCUGAGACCUUUAGGACAAUCUCACUUAUUACGUCUUUGGAACUUUUUUGUAACGUUUUCUUUUUCUUUUUUUUUCAAAUAAAACAGUGUUGUAAAAUGUGCUUGCAGAUGCACUAACAGGAAUUAAAAACUAAUUUAUGUUA